GAUUAAUGUUCUCCUAGGUACUAAAAUUCUGAUUUGAUUUUUCCAGAUUCCAGUAAGAAGAAUUACAUUUUCAUAUAACAAGAUGGAAUCAAGUAAUACAAUCCAUCGUAUGGAAUCAUAUGACUUCAAGUCACCUAUCGACGUUGUAUGGUUCGAAGAAGAAAAUUCUCGUGGCGAGAUUGACUUAACUUCAUCGCCUGAUUUGGUGGCAGAAUCCGUAGAAUCCGUGCCAAAUAAACUUAUUGUAAAAGACAUUACAAAUAAUGAUAAACAAGUGAAUCAAGAAUCCGAUCAUACAAGUAAUAAUAUUCAAGUUAAUUCUAUUACUACAAAUAAAAGAAAGUUAAAACCUAGUCAAACUUCUGCGAAACGCAAGAAAAAUUGUAAAUCAAACGAUCCCAGUAUUUCUAAAACUGAUAUACAAAAUAUAAACCAGAACAAUGAUAAUCUGAAAACAUUAUCAAAAUAUCUAACACUGAUAGUCGAAUCUUAUAACCAAUAUUUGUGUGUUUUGAACAACACCAAGUGUACAUAUAAUGAUGUGUCUAUAUCUAAAAAAAGGCAACAAUUGGGUGACCCAUCAAUUACUCGUAUAACCAGUGCUACAAAUAAAGACAGUGGAAUGGAUGUACAACAAUAUUCAACCAAUCCUAAUCAAGACCAAUAUAACAUAUUCUCUUCGGGCCCUCAAGGAAGGCAAAUAAGUAUCAGUGUGAAUAAAUCUUUAAUAUUCACCUUAUACAUCUACAGUUUUAGAACAAAAUCAAAUCACUCAACAAAAUAA